AUGCCGAGAUUGGUACAUACAUCCUCUCUCAUUUGUGGAUCUCUGAACGACCCUGCUAACGAGGCAGCCCUGAAAUACAAGCAGUACAACAAGACCCGUGACAUACUGUCUGGGAAGAUUCCACCCCCCUCAGAACGCCCAAAGUCAGAGAAGCGACAAUCAAAUGACGUGCCGGUACAAACGCCUUCAAAACGUCAAAAACACCUUGCAACCCCCUCCAAAUCACGAAACGCCUCGCUCGAUGCCACGCCCUCAAAAUCACUGCCACCUCUCUACGACGACGCCAACACAACCACCCCCUCGAUUGCCCGCCACUUGUUCAGUCCCGCAGCACCACGGUCGAUUGGGCCCACGCCGCAGCGAGAUGGCCGCGUCAUGGGGUUGUUUGAUCUGAUGUCGGAGCGGGAGCUGGGAACGCCCUCAAGAGCGAACGGGGCAUCGCAGACAGCCAAUGCUCCUCUGUCGUUGUUCGCCACUCCGAGCAAGCGCAGCGCAGCCAACUUAGAGGCCGCCACCACUCCAAAUUCUUCCGGAAAAAAGCGAAAAACGGAUGGCUUCGUCACGCCCUUGAAACUCAAGAAUAUGAACGCCAACGGUGACAAGACACCGUCCUCGUCAACGCUGCGCAAGGUCGAGGAAGAGGCACACGACGACGAUAUGGACGCGCUGCGUGAGAUGGAGCAAGGCGAGACGGGGCUGGUGGCGGCGCCGGCGCCGAUGCAGAUGAAGCCUCCGCCAAAGCCACAAGACGACGUCCUGGUGGCCGACAGUCAGGUCAUGAACCUGCCGCUUGGCGGCUUCGAUGACGAGGGCAUGUAUGACACCGAGCCCGAGGAACAGCUGGGACGUGACGGGCAGCCAUUGAAGGUAUACAAGAAGAAGGGACAGAAGAGGACGACAAGAAGGUCGAACAUGAAGCCGGUGCAUCACAAGAGGCCGACGGCAUCAGUCGAUGGCGCGCCCGCGGAGGACGACGACGUGGUUCCUGAGACGCAGAUGAACCCCAACAAGGAAAACGAAUACGCAUCAGGCGACGAGGCAGAUUUUGUGCCGUCAGACGUCGAGGGGUCUGACGCAGAGGCUGCCAAGGCGAAGAGCUCGAAGAAGACCGUUAAGAAGACGAAUGUGAAGGAAGGAGCUGUCAAGAAGACGGCCAGGAAAGUUAACGAGUUUGCGCACACCAAUUUCCGGCGCCUGAAGCUCAGAAACACGGGCUCCAAGGGCGGCGCUGGUUUCAACAGCAAAUUCCGGCGCAGGCGAUGA